AUGGUACAGGUUUCAUCAGAAUACAUCUCGAUCGGCUGCAACAGAACAGCGCACGCAGCUUGUUGGGGAAACGAUGGCCUUGUUGCUUUCGGCGCCAAUGCCCUCGUUGCUCUCUAUUCGCCUUUGGUAAGCUUGACAGGGUCAAUGAAAGACGUUGCUAUAGUGUCAGGAUCAGCAGAUAAAACAGCCAAAAUAUGGAAGCAGGAUUCUUUUGGAAAGUGGAUCAAUUCGGCAACUUUAGAGGGUCAUACAGAUGCUGUAGUGACCAUUGCUACUAUGCAUGCACACUCCGUUGAAGGAGUUACGGACUUAAUUAUAACUGGAUCCUCGGAUGGCACUAUUCGUGUUUGGGAACGUCGUGAAGUAGAUGGGAAUACAGCCUUGACCUAUCUUCCGAAUACUAAAACUUCUGUUUUUGCUAGCGGCCAUACAGAUAAAAUCAUUUCAAUUUACGCUUAUCAGCAGGAUGUCAAGCAAUUUAAAAAACUACAUAGUUUGCAAGGUCAUGACAAUUGGGUCCGUGAUUUGAGUUUUGCAAGUUUUACUAAAAUAGAAGGUACACAAGCCAACAAUUCUUUCAAGGAAGGUGAUUUGAUUUUAUCGAGUGCAAGCCAGGAUAGAUAUAUACGUUUAUGGAAGAUUUCACCUCAUACCGAGGCACUUUCUUCGAAAGAAAAAAAGAAGGAUACGGACACUUUAUUGAUGGGACAUGAUGAUUGGGUUCUCAGUGUUGAGUGGCAGAAGCCCUACGUUCAAGAAGAAACCGGUCGACUUAUACAACCUUUGAGACUGCUGUCUGCCUCUGCAGAUAAAUCAAUGAUGGUUUGGGCACCAGAUCAAGAAACGGGCGUUUGGGUGAAUGAAGUUCGUAUGGGAGAUAUUGGUGGAAGUACAUCAUUAGGUUUUUGUGGCGCCCUCUUCAGUCCUGACGGUCGAAGCAUUGUUUCCCAUGGAGCAAACGGUGCUUUUCACUUUUGGAAAAAUCAAUCAGAAAAUUUUGAAGAUAAUAAUUGGGCGCCAGAGGUUGCUAUCAGUGGACAUUUCAGAUCUGUCGAGAACCUUGCUUGGGACCCGAAAGCUCGUUAUUUGCUUUCUGUUAGCCUGGAUCAGACAACUAGAUUGUUUGCGCCAUGGAAUAGGCAAAUUAGCAAUGAGAAAGUUACAACUUGGCACGAAAUAGGAAGGCCACAAAUUCAUGGUUUUGAUCUUAAAUGUAUCGCUUUUGUUCAUGACUGGCAAAUCAUUACCGGUGCUGAUGAAAAGGUUUUACGUGUCUUUGAUGCACCAAAGUCAUGUGUGGAAACUUUGGCAGCUUUGACGCAGGAUGAAUCUAUGUUAUCCAAUAUAGAAAAGUUACCUGUAGGCGCAAACCUACCGGCUCUAGGUUUAUCCAAUAAAGCCGUGUUUGCAGGUGACAACGUACAAAAGAACAACAAUCCCAACAAUCUUGGCAGCCAUACAGUAGCUUCAGCGACUGCUGAAGAACUAUCACAAGUAUCAGAUCAUCCGCCUUUUGAAGAAACACUAAUUCAAGGUACACUGUGGCCUGAAGUAGAUAAGCUUUAUGGACAUCUGUAUGAGCUGGUUAGUGUCCAUGCAACGUACGAUGGUAAAUACAUAGCAUCAUCCUCUAAGGCUGCUUCGGCUGAGCAUGCUGUUGUUCGACUCUUCAGCACGGAUAAUUGGAAAGAAAUCAAGGCCAAAAUAGAAGCUCAUUCACUUACAGUUACAAGCGUCGCAUUUUCACAUAACGAUCAUUGGUUAUUAACUGUUUCUAGAGACCGUCUGUGGUCACUGUCCGAAAGAACAAACAAUCCUGAUGAACCUUACAAACUUGUUGCUAUUACUAAAGCACAUGCACGUAUCAUUUGGGAUGCUUCAUGGAGCCAUGAUGAUAAACUUUUUGCAACUGGUUCCCGUGACAAAACGCUUAAAAUAUGGGCACAAAUCGAUAAAGAACAACCUGCCAAGUGGGAAUGUGUGGCAACCAUAAAGUGUACUGAAGCUGUUACAGCUGUGGAUUUUGCACCCGCUUCAGUCGAUAACAAUGUUGAUUUAGAAAAUAUAAGCAAAUGGGAAUUAUAUUGUAAUUUUGAGGAAAGCCUUUGCCACUUCGGUGUAGUGAAUUCUCUAAAGUGGCGUCCUAUUACCGGUGAUAGCGGUUUGCUUCAAUUGGCAUCCGCAGGCGAAGAUCAAUCUGUUAGACUCUUUAAUUUGCAUAUUUAA